UAUCAGCUGCUGUAGGCUGGACCGACGAGCGGUGUGGGGACACUGAUAGAGGGGAGAGACAGAGGGUGGGGGGCGAGGCGGCUGGACGGAGACUCCCUCGUCGUUGUCGUUGGUGACGGUGGUACAGAUGGGCGCGACUCUCCUCAGCUGAGCCGGCCACGGAUCCAGCAGCACCCGGCUGUCACCCAAUGCUGCCUGAAUCCAGCUCCCCACAGUUGGAUAACGCACAUCCUGCGAAUGACACUUGGCUAUAAUCCCAACAGACUCUCAAGAUUUUUGCUUGAACGACUGCCUAAGAGACCAUUACACACUUCUCAUCUUAUAUCCUUCCUGUCUGUGGCAGCUGCCCGGCACCAUGCUCCCCCGUAACAUGCGAACAGGUGGCUGUGACCUGCCAGGGGUGGAGUCAAGCGAAGUGCCUCUCAUUGGCUACCGGCCCUUAACGCCUGACAGCAGCACCCCGAGCAACCAAUCGAGGAGGGGGAGCAGCUGCGAUGAAUUGGAAACUUCACAGGCAGAGCCCUCACCAAUGAAGACCACCUGGUACUGUCCUCUGGAUCUGUCCACUGUGGUGGAGGAAGAGGACGAUGGAGUGAUCUACACAGUGGUGGUCAAACAGCAACAUAGUGCCCCCAAUAGUGUGACGUCAGGGGUUUCUCGUUCCCAGUGUGUGAAAGCAGGGACUGAAGAAAAGCUGGUGCUCCACCUGCUCCACUCCUUUUCCAUGGGAGACUCCUCCUUCAUCACCAUCUUCUUCUCCACCUAUCGAUCCUUCACCUCCACAGGGAGAGUGCUGGACAUCCUUACUGACAGAUUGGAGAAUCCGCCUGGGGACAGUGAGAGGAGCCAGACGAGACAAUCUUUCAACAAGGCGGUGUGUACAGUGUUCAGCACAUGGCUCUCUGAGUAUCCUGAAGACUUUAAGAGUUUAGGGGAGCCUUCUCGCCUGCUGCGCCUGGCUCCUCUCCUCCCCCAGGACUCCUCGUCUGCAGUCGACCUCCGUGCUCGCCUCCUCAGGAUAGCUGAGGAGCUCAGCGAGAAAGCUCUGCUCCCUGAUGCCCAUAAAGCUUCACCCUUUGCAGAUCACACCGGUAUCAACAGCCCUCCUCCUGACGCCUCCAAGUUUGAACCCACCAGCGUCCUUGGAUUCCCUGCAGCGCUCAUCGCUGAGCAGCUCACCAAAAUAGAGACAGAGCUGUUUGUCCGUCUGGUCCCGUACCACUGCCUCGGCUCACUGUGGUCCCAGAGGGAUAAGAAAGGGAGGGAAGACGUUUGCUGGUCUGUCCGGGCCACCGUACGACAGUUCAACAAGUUGGCCAAUGCAGUUUUAGCAUCAUGCCUUUGGCCUACGAAUCUGCGCAGCCAGCAGAGAGCCCGGCUGCUGGGGAAAUGGAUCAGCGUGGCAGAGGAGUGCCGAGCCAGGAAGAACUUCUCCUCGCUGUAUGCCAUCGUGUCUGCCCUGCAGAGUAAUCCCAUCCAUCGGCUGAGGAAGACGUGGCAGGACACUGACAGAGAGGCAGUGAGGAGAUAUGAGGAGCUGUCAGAGAUAUUCUCAGAGAAGGACAACUACUCACAGAGCAGAGAACUCCUGAAGGAGGAGGGCACAUCAAAGUUCGCCAACCUUGACAACAGGAUCAACAACAAAUAUCUCAAUAGGUCCAACGCCCAGGGCACUGUGCCCUACCUGGGCAUCUUCCUCACAGACCUCACCAUGCUGGACACGGCAGUCAAAGACAGGCUGGAUAACGGCUACAUCAACUUUGACAAAAGGAGAAGGGAAUUUGAGGUUUUAGCUCAAAUCCGGCUCCUGCAGUCUUCCUGCAAAAACUGUGUCUUCACCGCUGACGAGUCGUUCAUACAGUGGUAUCAGAGUGUACCAAAGCUAACAGAGGAGGAAAGUUACAGACUGUCCAGUGAAAUUGAAGCGCCCGGUGAGCCAAGCCCCCGUGGCCUUACUCCAACAGUCAUCAUCACACAGUGCCCAGACCUCAGUACCUCUCGGACGAGCCUGACUGGUGACAGUGAAAGUCUCUUUGACUUCCAGACACCUGUCAAUAAUCUGCUCUCAAAACUCACCAAGCAUAUGAGAUCUCCGUCUGUGUCCUGCCUGGAUGUUGACACAUCUACUUCAACCAAUGAAUCCACCCCUGCCUCAUUGACUCCAUCCACUCCCACAAAAUCACACCGCCGAUCAGUCUCUUGUGGCAGCAACCCCGCCAAUAACAUCAAAGGGUCAGGGCCCGACAUGCGAAUCAUCAGGAUACGGAUGGACCUGCAGGAUGGAAACCUGUACCGAAGCAUACUGGUUACAAGCAAUGACAAGACUCCCACUGUGAUCAGCUCGGCCUUAGAAAAGCACAAUCAGGACCCCAAACAGACGUCCAGAUAUGAGCUGAUCCAACUUCUGCCUGAAGGAAAAGAACUGGUCAUCCCUGCCACAGGAAACGUCUUCUACGCCAUGACAUCAGCCAGUGUUGACUUCCUGCUGAGGAGGAAAGGGGGCAACACUCCUCUGGGUUCACAGCCAAUCAACACAGAGACGAGCGCCACUUUUCCUCGAAUCAAGGCCAAGGGGAGGAGACUGGUCAGGACAUUAUUUUGACAUGAGAGUUUCCUCAGCCGACUUUGUCCACAGUGACGGAUUUUUCUCCUCACAGACAGUAAAUGUGGCCUUCUACACAUGCCUUCCUCCCACGCUCCUUCAAAACUUGUUCUACCAAAACACCAAAACUAGGACCAAGUCUUCAUCAGUGACUCCAGAACAGGUUUCGUCAAACAUUUCAUACCUCCAGCUGCCCUGCUGCACUCACCAGAGCCGUCUGCUGCUGAAAAACAGUGUCAGCUUUCCUCUUUCCUGAACAGUAUGCAUCACUACUUUACACCCGGAGGAAGAGCAAUGGAAGCCUUUAACUGGUGCUGGCUCUCGAGUCCCAGUCAGGUAGCACUCGAUGCAUUUAAUUUAUUCCAACCCAACAAGUAACGUCUGUUUUGAUUGCGGAUAACCACCAGGAAGUCCCUUGUUGUUGUGUGCCUCAGUCGUGAUGCUUAAUUGGUCAGAAAUUCUCUUUUCAACCUGCGAUGCUGUUGAAGGAUUUAGGACAGUGUUCUGGGAUAAUGAAAUCUGAAUAUACAGAGCCUGUCAGAUCUGGAAGACCCAAAGAUACAGUACAAGUGCAUCACUGUAGCAAAAACACUGGAGCUUGUCAAAUGAGACAUAUAUAUGUUUUGUAUAUAUUUAUAUAUUUUGUACGUCUGUAUGAUGUCAACGUUGUGUUUACACUGGUGAGGAGCUCUGGGUCCAUGUGUCCGAAUUGUCGAAUUCAUAGAAGAAAAAAUGCAUCAAGGUUUCCACUUUAAGCAGGACAGCAGGUGUCUACAGACAGUGAGAGUCAUCAUUUCAGCUCUGACUCAUGCAGAUAUUCAUUUCAACAUAAACUUAAAGCUGCAUUAAUCAAUAUUUUUUUAUCAACAAUGAAUUAAAUUAUUAUUCAUAUUGUAAUAGAGGCUGCUUGUAUUGACUAACUUACAAAGAAUAAUCGACUCUUUAGCGCUGUUGAGUAUUUUGGCCUGUUUCAGAUAAAAUUUAGAUGGGUCGUUCUUACAGCUUUUAUCAACCCUGUUUUCGGAAGUAGAUGUGUUUUUUAAAAACCCACAGUGUGUGCUACCUGCCCAACAACAACCAGCAGACACACAGAGUUAGCCACUAGCUGGUAGAAAAAGUCAAAUAUGGAAGCAAAAAACAUGCAUCAAUAUUUGCAUUUCAACAGCCACUGAGUACUUAAUUUUGGAAUUUAAACACCACUGAAUUCAUAUCAUUGAAUUUUUUGAAAAAUUUGAAACUUUGUAGCUGAAUUUAUUUGUGCUGAAUUCACCAUUUGAAAUUAUAAUAUGAAUUUUACUAAUUUGCAAAAAAAAAAAAAUUGAUGCUUUUUGUGUGUGUGUGUUCACAAAUUCAGAUCCAAAAAUUUAAGUUUCAUAAUUUCAAAAAAUGGAUUCUGGCUGCUCAAAUUCUAUUGGUCAAAUUCUGAUGUUAAUAUUCAAGUUGAAAAAAAUUCAAAUAGAAUACCGGUCAAAUUGAUUGGUUGAAACAUUCAGGCUCGAUUGCCUCUCCUGUCCUGGUUUGACCUGAUGUUGCUGUUUGUUUGUUUGUUGUUUUUUUUUGUUUUUUGUUUUGAUUUAAAUUUUACAUCUGAACUGACAAAUGAAAUUUGAGCAACCUAAAUGUAUUUUUUAUUUUAUUUUAUUUAUUUAUUUUUGGGUAAUUCUGAGACUCGAAUUUUUGAAUCUGAAUUUAUGAGCACUGAACAAAAAAUCAGUUUCAGCUUUUGAAGCUGCAAAUCAAGACAUUUUAUAUUUUAAUUUAAAAAAAGAUAAAUUCAGAGCAAAUAAAUUUAGACACAUGGUUUUCAAAAAUAAAACAAUUGAAUGUUGUGAAUUCUGUGGUGUUUAAAUCCCAGUGUUAAGUGAGGAAAAAACCCUGAUGAAGACUCUCUAGUCAGAACCCAUUGGUUAUCCAUGUAUCAAUAAAGGAUUUUUAUCUACAGUAAGAGCGCCUCAGAUGCAUUUUUGGACUGCCUGCCUCUCCUAUGGACUAGCUGGCCAGUUGUUAUUUGUAGCCCAAUAUCAAGUAUUCAGUGGCUGUUAAACUUCAAAUACUUUUCUCUUAUUUGCUUUCAUAUCAAACAUCUAGCUGCUAAAGAGCCAGAUAUUUUUCUCAGGAGUUUCAAACUAGCCCCAAAAGGCACUUACUUCAUCAGCUGGACAGAAAUACACCUCCAUAUAAAUACUUCCUCUUCAGCUGGAUGUGUAUGUAGGCAGCUGUUCUUCUGACCCCUAGUGGCCAAAAAUGGAUUAUUGCAGCUUUAAAAAAAAAAAACUCACCUUAAAGCACUUUUAAAGCUUGUGGCUUUGCUUCAGUUUAUCACUGCUGCACCAAAACCAUAAAGAAAACCGUACAGAAAAUCAAAACAAUACACCACCAUUAUUAGGUUUAAGGUUUUUCCAGGUUUGAUUUUUUUUUUAACAGAGCAUAAGCUAAACUUAAUUUAUGCAUAUAUUUACGCAGCUCAGCAGGACACAGCUUCACUCCUGUUUAUUUACAGGUCAAAGCCUCAGCUCCGACUUCAUGUUAUGAACUAACAUGUUAACUUCUAUGUAGGUUUAAAACAAGUCUGGACUUUGACGAAGUCUUGUGACCUCUGGUUGCGCCUGCUCAGUGCUGGUGAGGCCUCUUUACUGGCUGAGGCACGAGCAUAGCAGGACCAGGGAGAGGAUUCUGGGUAAUACUAGAUGACGUGUGCUAGCGUUAUGCUGCGCUACUGAUUGUUUUAGUGCCUUUCUCUACGGGAUGCUCAUCUUUCCUCAUGUUUGCAUUAGAAUGUAUACAAUACACAUGAAAGAGACACAGUCACCUGCCAUGCUGUGUGGUCUCACAUCAAAGAUAUUUAUGCACUACAUACAGGAUGUCCUAUUUUUGUCUUAAUAAAUUUACUUUUAUAUGAAUUUAAUUGCUUUUGACUGAUGUGCUGUAAUCUACAUUCAAUGCAGAUAUUUUUCAUGCUGCUGAAUAUCCCAUAAAUAGAAUUAAAGCUGUCUGUAUGUGUCAAAUACACAUAUAUAUAUUUUCUCAUGAAUAAGGUGAACAAAGAAAGGUGAAUAUACAUCUGCGAGACAAACAUACACCUCUGUUUUAAUCUUUUUAUUCAAAUUCAAGAUAGCCAGCAUCUUCAUCUUCUCGCAAAAUCAAUGAAUGUAUGUGGAAAUGUGAUGAAAAUAUCAAUUCUAAGGCAUCUAACAAAAAAGAGAAGCACAUUUGUUAUUCAUAAACACUCAUAACAAUCCAGUUAAUUACACAAGAAUUCAUAAAACAAACUAUUAAAGCAUUCCUCACACCUGAAUGUUGUCAGUGUCUGUAGUUUAAUAUUGUCAGUGAAAUAUGAUGUGUGCUGAAUGUUACAUAGUGUUGCCCGAGGUCAGGCCUUUCAAUCCGCCCACUCCACUGAGUUGACUGAAUCAUCCUGGCAUCAUGACUUAAAACAGCAAGUUCUCGGUUGAAAUAAAAAACAA